AUGAAUACUUUAUUUAAUACUGUUAAUUUUUGAAGAUAUAAUAGUAGUCCUCUAACUCAAUUUGAAAUAAAAGAUCUAAUAAGCAUUGAUACUCCUAUUUUAGGGAAUUUACAUAUUUCUAUCACUAAUAUAGGGUUUUAUUUAACAAUGGGGGCUUUUUUUUUAUUAAUUAUAAAUUUAUUAAGUACAAAUUACAAUAAAUUAAUUGGUAAUAGCUGAUCCAUAAGUCAAGAAUCUUUAUAUGCAACUCUUCAUAGUAUCGUAGUAAAUCAAAUAAAUCCUAAAAAUGGUCAAAUAUAUUUUCCUUUUAUUUAUGCUUUAUUUAUAUUUAUUUUAAUAAAUAAUUUAAUUGGGAUGGUACCAUAUAGCUUUGCUUCUACAAGCCAUUUUGUUUUAACAUUUGCUCUUAGUUUUACUAUAGUUUUAGGUGCAACUAUUUUAGGGUUCCAAAAACAUGGAUUAGAAUUUUUUUCUUUAUUAGUACCAGCUGGUUGUCCUCUAGGAUUACUACCUUUAUUAGUAUUAAUAGAGUUUAUCUCAUACCUUGCGAGAAAUAUAUCUUUAGGUCUUAGAUUAGCUGCAAACAUACUUUCAGGUCAUAUGCUGUUACAUAUUUUAGCAGGUUUUACUUAUAAUAUUAUGACAUCGGGUAUUAUAUUCUUUUUCCUGGGUUUAAUUCCUUUAGCCUUCAUUAUUGCUUUUUCUGGAUUAGAGUUAGGUAUUGCCUUUAUACAGGCUCAAGUUUUUGUAGUAUUAACAAGUGGAUAUAUAAAAGACGCACUUGAUCUACAUUAA